AAGAAUGAAAGUUGAAAUUAUUGUAGUAAAUAUUCAUAGCUACUAUAGUAAAAAUUCUAUAGAUAAGCGAUUCGAACAGUUUACAUCAACUGACGCUAGGAGCGCGAACGCGAAAUAGACCACUCAGUGUGUGCCCCGCGCAUACGUGCAAAAACGUAACCCCUACGUAAUACGAGUCCUUGAAGUUACAUAAAAACUCGACUAGUCUCAAGGAAACGUUUUUGCUUGACUCGACUAUAUUUUUGAUCCUGAAUUGAAAUUUUUGGUGUGUUUACCUAUGAUCAUCGUUUCACUGAUUAAAGCGGUAUUUAAUCUGAGAACAAAAUCGAGAGAGGCCAAGAUUAUCGUCAGAGAUCAAAAUUGAGGUUAUACCAUCUCUGCAGGUCCCAGACACCGCCUAAUCUCAAUUGUUAUUCUGCCGUCAACUUCAAGCUGUAACCCACAGCUCAAUCCAGAGCUUGAGACUAGCAACGUUGAAGUAACUUUGAAUGACGAGUCAUCACAGAGAAGAAAACAGAACACACGGGAUUUAGACAAGGGUGGAAAAGAAAAUGUUGCUACAGUACCAGGUGUUCAUGAACCACGUAUAGAACCACAACACAUUAAUACCGGGCUAGAAGAGUACAUAAAAAGCACAUCUGAAGGCAAAGCGAUCAUCAAACAGUACGAAAAGUUCUCUGCUCAGCGAAAACCUCUCCCAAAGAAUAUCAGAUGCAGACUUGCACGAUUGGUCAUUAAAAGAGAAAAAGACCUUGCUCUUCGAAAGAUCUCUGCAGACCAAAUACUAGAAAAAUUUGUAAUCACAACAGAAAGAUUCACCACCCUUGCCAGUGAAAUUGACAGAAUAUUCAAAUACGAAAGUGCUGAAGUGUACUACUCUCCAUACAAAAAAUCUGGUAAAACAGUAAUCAACACAUCUGGGACACUAUGGACUCAUUUUUGUUACAAAAAGGAUACUAUGAAAGCUGAUGAUAUUCUAGCACAAAAAGAAAUCAUCGAUGAGGACCAGAUUAUUAUUUCAAAUAGUGAGGAAGAACGUAUCGAUUGGUUGAGUGAAAAUAUUGACCCAUGGACUAAGGUGGAACAAUACUGGCAAGAGACUUCUGUCGCUAGACGACAACUAUUUCUGAAAAAUACAGAAUUCACAGUUCAUGCCUACUUUGAGAAAUUCAAGUGCUUGUCUACACAAAAAGGAAAGGAACUGCUAGAAUUAGAUUUUUCUCUAUUGUAUACGAAUGUUACGCCUAUUGAUUAUAGCGAAUGGAAGAGGAUUAGAGAUUUAUUGAUGAACCAAUUUGAUAUGCACAAAAUUAAAAAUGCAGAAGAAUUGGGACUUAUUAAUAGUUUGAAAUCUGGUGAUCUGAGCAACGAGAAACAAGAUUUUUUGCUUAUGUACUUAUUAGUACACUUGCUUCCACCAAAAUCUAGAGGAAGAAAGAGAAAAGCAACGAGUGAAAAUCAAGAAAUUGUUAAUCAAGCAUCAUCGAAAAAAUCUCUAGAGGAAAGAAGAGAAUCAUUUAUUUUGCAUGUUGAGAGUGAUGCUGAAGUAGAGCCCAAGAUACUAGAAUUAAAAAAACGUCUACAGAUUGCAAAAGAGACGUUUCAACCUCUUAUAAUAGCGGUGGGCAGAAAUCUUACAAGUAUAGAGUCCUACCAUAUAGCUGUGAAUGAUCAGUUGUACGAGUUAAGUAACUGUUUAGAAACAGUUGUAGUUGCUUUGAAAAUAUUUUUCAGUUUAGACUGUGAGUACCCCGAAAAUACGCAAGUAAUUUGGAAGUUCUUACAACAAGUUUUGUUAAAUAUUAAGGAAGAAAAGGUUGUUACCGUACAGAUGAAAACUUAUUUCGGUCUUAUUAAAAUUUUGCAAGACAAUAUUUAAAAAUGAUUACGUGUAAAAAUUGUUUUUUAGAGUAUGAAAACUCGAGCGAACUUUAUGAUCACAUUGUAAUAUUUCAUAAGGAUUUGCAGAGUUAUAGUUGUAUGUUUGAAAAUUGUAAUCGCGUUUAUAAACUGUUGAAUUCGUUAAAAAAACACGUAGGGAAUAAGCACAUUGUUGUCCCUGUCAGAACUCAAAGCCCUCCUCCUGAACAGUUUUUUACUGACCAAAAUUUUCAACACAAUGUUCAGAGAGAAGAAGAAAUCCUUGACAGCGACAAUGACAUGAGCGACGACGACGUUUAUGAAAAUUUUCAGUCUGUUGAAAAUGAAAGUUUCGAUGAUAUAGAUACUUAUGAAAAUAUUACCUGGGAAAGUGACUUGAAAAAAGCUGUAUCAGUAUACGUCGCAAGUUUAUUUAAUUUAAAAAAUAUUCCUAGAAAGUGUGUUAACGAUAUAAUUCUUAAGUCGGAGGGAUUUAUAAAAACAUUGUCAAAUAUUUUGAAAGAAAACAUAAAAAACGUAUUGACCGAGUCAAUAUCUCAAAAUUUAGUAGAAUUAAACAAAAUGUUUGACACACUUUCAAAAUCUUUGACGACUGUAAAUUCUGAGCAUAAACGGUUAGUAGUGUUUAAGAAAUUAAAAACGUUCGUACCCCCUAAGUCGUAUAAAAUUGGUGAGAGAAGGGAAUACCGCAAAGUAAACAAUGCUAUGAAAUUAAUGCAUAUCCCAGUUAAUAUUCAAAUGAUUCCUCUCAGAUCUGUACUCAAAUUGUUUUUUGAACUACCUAACGUUUUUGAAGAGGCAAAUGAGUAUAUGAAAAGUUUAAUUUCUGAUGACACAAUUGUUAGCAACUUAGUUCAAGGGAUUUAUUGGAAAAAUCGCUCGAAGUUUCACGGCAAUAAAAUAGUUUAUCCUCUCAUAUUUUAUUUUGACGACUAUGAAAAUAAUGAUCCUUUAGGUUCUCAUAAAGGGAUUUCCAAGACAGGAGCAGUUUACAUAAGUAUACCCUCUUUACCCCCUCACUUCCAAUCCAAAUUAGAAAAUAUCUUUGUUUUUGCUCUAUUCAAUUCGUUAGACCGAGUAAUAUUUACUAAUUCUGUAACUUUUUCUAAACUCAUUGACGAAAUCAAUUA